UGCACAGCAUCCGCGGCCGGAGAUCGAGGCAGCAUAAUAUUAUAGUUAUUACGCCGAUGGGAACGGCAUCUUGCGACAUAUAAAGAGUCGAAGUGAGACUGCAAAAUCAGACCGACAAUACUCGCUACAUAUAUACAUGACAGUCACCACUUCUACUCGUCGCAAGCUGUCUUCUCACUCCGGAAACACCGACGAACAAUUCCAAGCCUUGGAUCGCGCCUUGGCAAGGAGAUAUGUCUUUCGUCUGCUUCACGAACAACGGUUGCGUAGAAUCCAAGAGCAACCUCAAAGCGACGUGAUAUUCAGACCAAGAGUGGAAAUAUGUGAUGACCCAUCUUCCUCACGUAUCACUGCCACGCUUGAACUUCCUGGCAUGAAAGCAGACGAUGUGCGAGUCACACUGGAGCGCGAUAGCCUUCUCGCUAUUUCGGGCGAACGCGUGUCUAAAGCACCUUCCGAUCAGCCCACGUCUGUCACCUUUCCUGUGAAGGAGAUCAAGUACGGAAAGUUUCUUCGUACACUGGAUGUUCCAUCCGGUACAAUGAUGAGUACCAUAUCAGCGGCAAUGAGUGAUGGCAUGCUGCUUGUAUCAUGGCCACGUUCUCCUCCUGGCGUCAGAACUCGUUCUCCGCAGUGAUCGUUCUGCCACGCUGUAGCAUCAUGUUGCACCUUAUCUAUUCUCUUGGACCACUCUCCCAGCUCCUAUAUUAUGAUUUGGCAUAGGGGUUAAUCGUUACUAUAAAAAUACUACUCUUAUCUUGCUUCUUGCUGCACUUUUGAUUGCCGUCUCAUCAUGACUCGUGGUCUUAUAGUACAUACCCGUAGCUAGAAUCAUCGUUCCUGUGUUGUAUGAUAACACUGGAGGCGCUUCGCUGGCACUUCACGUACUCGUUUGUGGCAGAUUCACACUAACCAUGUAUCAGUACAACUUUUGGGUUUUAUCCACUUUGAGAGAACAAUGGAAAUGUAUGGGAUGAGUCAGUAUGACUCUGCUUAA